AUGAAGGAAGAGCCUUUCAGCAUCUACACCAAGCACGAGAAGUGGAUCAUCGUCGCGCUCAUCUCGAUGGGGGCCACCUUCAGUCCGUUGAGUGCAAACUUGUACCUCCCCGCAAUCCCAACUAUCGCGGACGCGUUCGGCAAAUCGAUAGAGCUCAUCAACUUGACGGUGACAAUUUACAUGGUCUUACAAGGAGUCUCGCCCACCUUUUGGGGCACCUUGGCGGACAGAUAUGGUCGUCGGCUUUCGUUCAUUGCUUGCCUGACGCUACUUGCGCUGUCAUGUGUCGGCCUCGCGCUCACGCCAACAUCGGCGUACUGGCUACUUAUGCUGCUCCGAUGCGUCCAAGCGGCAGGCUCUGCUAGUACGGUUGCGCUAGCCGCUGGUGUCAUUGUUGAUAUCGCGGAGCCUGCUGAGAGAGGAACCUUCUUCGCCCUAUGCAACCUGGGACCUCAAGUCGGGCCUGCCCUGGGACCUAUCAUGGGUGGUGCGCUGACGGAAGGCCUGGGGUGGCGGUCUAUGUUUUGGUUCCUUUGCAUCUGCUCAGGCGUCUGCGCCGUAGUUCUCGCUCUGUUCCUCCCCGAAACCCUCCGCUUCAUCGUCGACAACGGCAGAUACCUCCCACAUCCCCGCUCGCGCCCCAUCAUUCCCCUUCUAGGUCGCAAAUACCCCAAGCUCCCCCCACGCGACCUCAGCACCGUCCCCUUCCAAAACCCCCUCCUUAUCCUCACUAACCCGGACAUCCUCGCCCUCCUGUUCGCCUACGCCACCGUGUACGCCCUCUUCUACGCGGUCACGACGUCGAUUUCCGUCCUUUUCGAUGAAGCGUACCCGUUCCUCACCGAGACCACGAUUGGAUGCGUUUUCUUGACGAUUGGGAGUGGGAUGAUCGUGAUGACGCUCAUCUUUGGGAGGAUAUUGGAUGCGGAUUAUAGGAGAUGGCAGAAGAAGGUGCUUGGAGAUGCUGUGGGCCAGAUGACGAGGGCGGAGUUGGAGGCGAAAAUUCCGAUCGAGAGGGCUCGCAUGAGGCUGAUCAGCUUUGCCUUCCCCACAUACAUCGCCCUGUGCAUCGGCUUCGGGUGGUGCUUGGAGGCGAGGGUUAAUAUCGCCGGACCCUUGAUUUUCUUGUUCUUUAUCGGUGCAUUCGUGAUCAUGAUCAUGAACAUGGUCCAAACUCUGCUGGCGGACUUGAUGCCGAGAAAUGGCGCUGCGAUGACCGCCUGCAAUAACUUGCUGCGCUGUGUCAUCGCGGCCGCCCUCGUCUCCGUCAUCCAGCUCUUACUCAACGCUCUUGGGCCCGGAUGGACGUAUGUCCUGCUGGGUGGUGUGUGCACGGUGCUCUUUAUACCGUGCAUAUGGUACAUCUUGCGCACCGGCCCCAGGUGGCGAGAGAAGCGGAGGAAUGCGCUUGCUCAGCAGCAAGGAGCGCAUUGA